GUCUGCUUUACAUGCAUAGAAACAUUUGUCAUCUUCAUACUUUACUAUUUUCUAUUAUAAGAUAUACAUAAAUGACAGCCAUAACAAGUUUUCAUUUCAAUAAGGUGCGCAUCAACAUCAUACUUGAAAGUUGAAACUGAAGAUGGGAGAAGCUAAAGAAAGGUAUGCAGUUGUGACUGGAGCAAAUAAAGGGAUUGGAUUGGAGAUAGUUAGGCAAUUAGCUUCAGCUGGGAUCAAGGUGGUUCUCACAGCAAGAAAUGAAAAGAGGGGUCUUCAAGCACUAGAGACACUCAAAGAUUCAGGUCUCUCUGACUUUGUAAUAUUUCAUCAGGUGGAUGUGGCUGAUGCUUCAAGUGUAGCUUCUCUGGCAGAAUUUGUCAAAUCCAAAUUUGGGAAACUUGAUAUUCUGAUUAACAAUGCAGGGAUUGGUGGAGUUGUAAUCAAAGACAAUGAUUUAAUUAGUAAUGUCAUCAUAAAUCGUGGGGUAAUAACAGAAGAUGAUGGGUCAAAGGCAGUGACUCAAACAUAUGAGUUAGCUAAAGAGUGCUUGCAAAUAAAUUACUAUGGUGCUAAACUAACUGUAGAAUCCCUAAUGCCCCUCCUUCAAUUAUCUGAUUCACCAAGAAUUGUGAAUGUAUCAUCCACUCUGGGGCAGUUAGAGAGUUUCCCAAAAGGAUCAUGGGCCAGUGGAGUCUUGAGUGAUGUUGAUAACCUUAGUGAAGAGAAAGUGGAUGAAGUAUUGAACAAGUUUCUAAGAGAUUUCCAAGAAGGUUCAAUAGAAAGCAAAGGAUGGCCUAGGUAUCUUGCUGCCUAUAUUGCCUCGAAAGCUGCAAUGAAUGGCUAUACUAGAAUCCUUGCUAAGAAACAUCCUUCAUUUUGCAUCAAUAGUGUUUGCCCUGGUUAUGUCAAAACAGAUAUAACUGCAAACACUGGCAUCUUAACAGUUGAAGAAGGUGCUGCUAGUCCUGUGAGGCUAGCAUUGCUUCCUAAUGGUAGUCCAUCUGGCCUCUUCUAUUACCGGACUGACGUGGCUUCCUUUUGAUUUGUAAUAUGCAAUUUUAUGGUUUGAGAACAAACUACAUUUAUCUUGCUUUUCAAUUUAUGAUUCUACAUUGCACACCAUGUUUAUUGAACCUAUUUUGAGCACAUGAUAUCUUGUUGUACUGGUAUCAUAUCAUAUCAUUACCAUGUUGUCAAUUUACGAUUCUAAUUAUAUAUGUUGAUGUCA